UCAUCGACUGAUUGUAAUAGAUACAUACAUAUAUAGCCCGAGCAGGUUGUUACUGCUAACCAGUCUCUUGUUGCAUCUGGAAUUGUUCGUAACAGUUAAGUGAACUCUGGCUUUUCAACAAUUUGUUGUUUAUUUUACUGUGUAUAAAACAUUAUCAAUCAUGAUUUUCUUCAUACUUGUAUCGGUUCUUAUUGCAUCUGCAACCGCCCAAAACAGACCAUCGUUCGCAGGACUCAGUGGAAAAGGCGUUCCUGAUGUAGCAGCACGAUUUAAGCCAGGAGGCGCCUUGUAUAAUCCACCUCAAGACGUCGUCAAUAGAUUUGGACCAGCCGAUACCCCCACAGAAAGAAUUCCUGUUGACGCCAAUGUUGAUCUUAAAAACCGAAUUAAUACCUGGCCAGAAGAAAACAAACCAUUUUGGUAUGUCAACGCUGAAGCCAUUCAAAAACAUAUCGGAGCUUCUCCAAACCGUGAAACCAACUUAAAUGGAAACCAACCUUUAUUUGAUAGCGGAAACCAAGUGUUUGAAAGCAGAUUUGGAAGUGGUAGUAGUCAGUCAGGACCGGAAGUUGCUGGAAACUCUUUUAGUAUUGUCAUGAAUAACCAAUGGAAAACGUACGUUUACGACCCAAUCACAGAUGCUUGGUAUGCCAGAAGAAAUUAGUUUCAUACAAAUUAUGAUUGGACUAGCUGUGAUAUCAUAUCAAUAAACCAUAAGACUUAGUAAUAAACCAUAUUUGGCCACAUAAUCCACCAAGAGCUAUAAAGACAAUUUGGGAUUAAUUCCAUUUAAAAUCACUAAAAAUGUAACGGCAAAAACGCUUUAGAGGAAAAACAGCAAAAUGGUGAUUAUGAAUAGGCAGGUUGAUAUGAAAAAUUGAGAAUAUUUAAAAAUGUCUUAUACAAAUAGUACCUAUAUGCUUAAAACCAAAUUUACACAUUGAAACUUCACCCAGUGAGAUAAUGAUUCUAUUCAAGUAUUGACAAACGAUAAAAAAGAAUCUACACCUACGACUCCCAAUGAAGCUUGGUAUCCACGCUCCUUCUAAUUAAUUUAUUGUAAUAUAGUAGUUAUACACUGAUCUAAUUGUAAUAUAUGUUCCUAGUAAUAAUAA